CACCCUUAUGGACCAUUAGGCGGGAAUAUGAAUAAUAAUGUUGUCAUUGCGAUGCAACGUCAUUUUGUAUCAAAAGGUUAUAUCACAGCCUGCCUCAAUUUCCGUGGGUGUGGAAAAUCGCAAGGAAGGACGAGCUGGACGGGCCAGGGAGAACGAGCGGAUUAUAUGAGCGUGAUGAAUUAUUUAUUAGAUAAAUAUCCCAAUAUCAACCAAUUAGUGCUG